CCGUUUAUUCAGUACAUUUCCAGAAAUGGAUGUAUUGGGAAAUUUGGAAGUCAGGUAAAUUAUAAUGCAUUGUUUUGUUCGUUUGGUUAUGCGUGGUGUAUCGUAGUUCACCUAAAAUUAUGUGUGUUCAUUCAGCCACCAUAGCAAAUGUAGUAGGCAAAAAUGCAUGGGGAGCUAGCUAGCUAUAUAGAGCCAGCCAACAAGUAACGUCUUCAGUCACUUAUGGUCUGUGGUAUUCACAGUGGUUUAGCGAGAUAAUUAGCUAGCUAGCUAGAUAAAUAAUGUAUCUAUAUUUUUCAUGAGGUUACCUGCCAGACAAACCAUUAAAGUUACAGCUGUUAUAAAUUAGGCUGCCAGCUAACGUUACAGUAACUAACUAAGUUACUAAGUACACUUAGAAAAAAUAGUUAUUCGUCUGUCCAACAAUGGUUCUUCAGUCUGUCCUCAUAGGAUAACAAUAUUUAUGUUCUAGGUAGAACCCUUUUUGGUUCCAGGUAGGAUCAUUUUGGGUUUCAUGUUCUACAUUAAACCCAAAAGGUUUAUAUCUGGAACCAAAAAGGUUCUACCUGCCUGGAACCAAAAAGCAUUCUCCUAUGGGGACAUCCGAAUAACCCGAAUAGCACCUUUUUUUCAUAAGAGUGUAGGCCAGUUUAGAAUGAAGCCUAGCCCCUUACUGAUGAGUACCCUAACCUGUGUGUUUUGUUUCUUAGGUGGACUCAGGGUUUGACAAGCCAAAAUGUUGAAUUUGUUGACAAGAAAACAGCCUGCUACAUUUGUGGAAAUUACAUAGUUUUCCUGAAUAUAGAGACGAAAAUGAGAAGUGUGCUGCAGUGUCCUGGUCGAGGUAUUGGUGCCUUCACAGCAAAUGGACAUUGCAGGACACUUGCAUUCUCCAACCAUAAACUAAAUCCCUCCAUAUUUGUGUACAACUACCCUGAACUAAUGCAGAAAAAUGAACUAAAGGGUAAGUCUUUAUCUGAAACAUUGACAUUAUUAACAUGAUUGAAGAGUUACAUUGCAUUAGCUAUUCAAAGACUUCCUCCAGUUAGCAAUAUUGCUAUAGCAUGUUCUCAUUUACAGGAACAGCCCAUAUAGACUACACAUCUCUGGCACUAAGUGAUGCUGGUCCUUAUUUGGCCUGCUGCUCAUCAAUACCAGACCAUACCAUAACAGUAUGGUAACUGAAACCACUCCACUUAAUAUCCUCCUAACACAUUCAUUUCAAUGACCUCUGUUUUGUACAUUCACUAUUUGUGGUAAUACCAUUAUGCUUUUUUGUAGGAACUGGGAAACUGGGGAUCCAAUUUGUAACCAACCACAGGCUGGAAAAGACAUCACCUCUUUAGUAUUUAACCCAAUGAACUGGCUCCAGAUUUGCGCUUUGAGUGCAUCGUCAUCCGUUACAGUUUGGAACAUUGAGAAGAGUGACAGAUUUCAUAUAAUGAAACCAAGGUAAUUGAGGUUAAUUGUAACUACAUAAAUGUUGGUGGUUAUAUCAAUAAUCACAAUUGAUACCUACAAUAAAUGUUAUCCUUGUAUUCAAUUUAAAUUGUAUGGGUACAUUUCAUGUGUUAUUAAUUGAUUAUUAAUUACAUUGUUUGUCAAUUUGUCAGUGUGAUAGAUCUCCCUGCGACUGAUGGCUGUCUGGUUGAGAGGGAGAUUAACCCGUCUCAUGUCCCCACUGGAAUACUCACCUACUUCGGACCUCAGAUGCCCACCUCAGCCAUCGCAGGACUUGCAGAAGAAAAGGCAGAAACUUUUGUGGUACUGUCUUCUUAACACCUCUCAACCGCAGGAACUAUUUGCACAUGUUUUGUCUCACUCUGUACGGAGUAGCCUAUGAAGAAAAAAAAAAUGUGUGCAGUUUUACUCCUCCCAAUCUCGAAACAAAUUCACUCCCUGUUUUCAAAGCCCAAAGAGCGCAUCAAGACCAGGCUAAGCCCUAGCACCAUCUGCUGGACAGCCUCAUCAGAGCUCUAUGUGGGCUGUCAGGAAGGCCACCUGCUGCAGGUUGACCCAGACUCUCUGGCUGUCUCUGUCCUCUUCAACCCCUCAGGUACACCCUGCUGUCUCAUAGCACUCUUUACUCUGGCCCAGGGGACCUGCUGUGCACUGGAUCUCACUCCAGCUGAGUAUCAGUCAGACACUCAUAUAGAUGUUCAUGGGGAACAAAAAAUGUACUGACAUUCACCAAUUUUAGAAACAUUGCCAAAAAGGCUCUUAGGUCAUAAUCUGUUUCAAUACUUGGUUAGAAUAAUUGUGCACUGACAUAUCACGUCAAUGAUCACAAUUAUAUGUGUAGUGUUAUAUUGCAUGUUCAUAUCAAUAUGAUAAAAUGUGUGUGCUUACUAUUGUUCAGCUGCAGAUGACAUUCCUGGGUUCCAGCAGGGUAGCUUCCAGAGCUUAGCCCUGCACAAGGAUGGACUGUUUGUGUCAGGAAAGGUAACAAUCUCUGCUUCUCACAUUGACUGGAGGAUGGAUACAUGAUAUUCAGUAGAAUGAAGUCUGGCUCUUAGAGUUCAACUUACUCAGAUGCAUUCCCAUUUGAUCUGUUAAACCACCUAUUUAGAGCCAACAACAACAUAUUCCAAAUUUAUAUCGAUUAAAAUAGGCUUUUCUAUUCUACAGGAGAAUGUGCUACGCUGCUUGAAAAUUAAGGGGAACCAAGUGGAGGUUACACAAACUUGGACAUUGGAGGAACCAGCCACAACCAUAAUAUAUUCUCCAGACUAUGAAACACUGCUGUUAACUUCCAGUACAGUGAGUGCAUACAUUGUACUGUAUUAUGGAUACAUAUAUAUUUCUAGGCUCUUGUUAUAGUAUGCUUUUGUGUUUUCCCAGGGGCGCAUCUACAGGUAUAAACGAUCCCAGUGUGAGAAGGUGGUGAAAGUCCUGGACGUUCUCAGUGGAGACUUUGUGGCAGCAGCUUCACUGUACACCGAUAAUAAUUUAUGUGUGGUAAGAGAUCAUUGAUGUCAUGUUUAACUGAUGUAAAUGUUUUGUAAUGGAUCCUCAUUCAUAAUAAUGUUGGCGUUUCUCUCCUCGUUACAGUCAGUGAGGGACUCAGGAGAGUUGCAGCUGUGGUCUCUAGAUGCUGGCUUCUGCGUCGGCUCUAUAUCUCUUCAAGUAAAGGUUAGUAGUCAUUAAAUUACAAUAGUAUUAGGGCAGCUAUGCUAAAUAAUAUAGUAAUAAGUAGGCGUAGUCAAUUGUGAAUUUUGCUUGUUACAGUAUUUAAGUGAAAAGUCUAAUGUAAAGUUCAUGGACAAUAGAACAAUAAAAAAAAGAACAUUCAAUCAACUACUAUUGUGUCUAGGUGACCAGUUUGGCCUGCUGUCCGAUUGCUCAAUAUGUUGCCGUGGGAACAGUGUCGGGGCAUGUCCUGUUCAUUGAGCUGACCAGGGAGCAGCAGCCCCGUCUGGUGCACAGGGUUCACCUCUACUACACUCCUGUGGACCACCUACUGCAAGUAUCUCCAAUGGGUUUACUGUUGUUCUUUGUGUUUUGUUUGUCCUUAUUGUCAAAUGUUAAAGAGCCUUUCUAAGUUAUCGGUGUUCUUAUAGUAAUGUUGGAUUUCAUAUUGUUUUUGGUUUACAGUUUUGAUCAAGGAGGAAACUUCCUUAUCACUGGUGCCUCGGAUGCAAAUAUAUAUGUAUUGAAUGCAAGGGCUUCCAGAGUGUUUGAGGUAAUCGGAUACACAGGUACAUUAUUGCUCUACUAAAGUCCAUAUAUGUUUCCCCUGGUAUUUCUUUAACUAAUUUCAACCCAUUACGUUUGAUUAAAGCAGUGUUGUUUUCUCCAGGUGCUAAAGGAGCCAUCGUGUCCCUGUCCACCCAGUACAGCCGGGACAUUAAGCAGGUCAAACUGCUGGCUCUGUGUGCUGGAGAGAAGGACAUAGGCCGGGGGGAGGGCAGUCUGCUUACACUGCUCACUCUGCCUGUGCAGGAGCUCACAGGUACUGACUGGGCUGUGUGUGUGUGUGUGCAUGUCCACAGAAAGAAACUGUCGUUAAUCAUCCUGCCUGACUUUGGAUCUGUUCCAUUUUAAUUUCACACCUGUCUCUGUUUGAUUCCUGUAUUGACAUGCUGGAACUGAGAUGGAAUGGAAUGUGUGUGCUGCUGUUGGUUUGCAGGGGCAGGAGUGUGUGCAGACCUGAGAGGAUGUCUGUCCAAUAAUGUCCUACAGAGGUGCACAUAUGAGGUCCCUCACGCACUCAGCUCCUCUGCCCUGGGAGCCAAUAAGAUCUUUGGCUACUGCCAAAAGAGGAAAACUCUCCAGAGAUUCCAGCUACCUGAGGUAAGGUCCCAUGCAUUACCUGACUGACUUGUGUUUAAAACCCAAAACAUCUUAUAUCUAACAUCUGACCAUUUGUUGAUGUUGAUUGGUUUGCUGUUGAGUUUUUCUUAAAUUUGACACAAUACCAAUAACAUUUGCAUAAACAUAACACAGUAAACGUGCCCACUGUGCCAUGUCUGUCUCCCAGAGCACAGAAAGGUCCUCUGACCAGGAAGUGGUCCAGUUGACCCCAGAGAAGGAGGUGGAUGGUCACCCUAUGGGCCCCGCCUCCGUCCUCCUGUCGCCCCAUCAGUCUUGGCUGGCCUCAGUGGGCCAAGACGGACUGCUGCGCAUCCGGGAGAUCUCCAGUCUGGUACGACCUUGUUUCACUUCAGGCUUUGCAUGUUAUAUUGAACAUAACAUGCAGCUUUAUAGAACUCAUUUUAAAUAUACUGAAGAAAAAAACAGUAUUGUAUUAUACAUGUAUUAUUGUUCUUAAGAGAGUGAAUCUCAAAAGAGGAAAUCUGUGAGAACAAAAGAUUGAUGGAAACACAUUAUCUUUGUGUUAUAACCACUCAUAAUGCUAUUAACCUGAGUAUGUUGUCAUUGUCAUGUACAGGACCGAUAUGUUCAGAUGCAGUGCCACUCGUGUUGGCUGGGAGGGGUGAGGACAGUGUCCUUUACCUCAGACAGUCAGACAUUGAUCACUACAGGCCUGAAAGACGGCUCUAUGGUCUGUACAAGACUAAGGUAAAUCAAAGGGGAAAAGUCUGAAUGCAAUGCAGCUUUGAACACCAGAGAGCACUGUAGUUCAUGUAGAUGUGAAAUUUGACACCAGCUGGACUUACAGUAUUAACAUUCAAAGAUUAUUAGAUCAUUCUAAAACAUUUCACAAUUUCUACUAUAACAAGGAUAACCUUUCUCUCAUUAUAAUGCAUUGGACUACUUUUCUUUGUAUGACAUUUUAUUCUCUCUGUAUUCCAUGAAGGCUGAAAAUGGCCGGUGUUGGCAAAGCGAAUGCAGCGACACAGUACAGCCAGUCUAUAGCCAAAUACCAGGAGAGUGUGAUGACAUCAGAGAACCCUAUUCUCAGUAGGAUGGCUGACUGGGACCCAGAGGCCCUGUCCCCUCCUGGGUCAGCAGAUCUACAUGGAGCAGAGGUAGCCUAGGUUACCAUUCAUAUGUUGGAACAGGUCUCUCUUGAAAAAUAGAUUUGAUCUCAAUGAGAAAAACCUGUAUAAAUAAAGGGGAAGUUGGGGGCAUCUUAAUUGCGGAGAACGGGCUGGUGGUAAUGACGAGCGGAAUUAGUGGAAUGGUAUCAAAUACAUCAAACACAUGGUUUCCAGGUGUUUGAUGCCAUUCCAUUUUCUCCAUUCCGGCCAUUAUUAUGAGCUGUCCUCCACUCAGCAGCCUCCUGUGAUUCAUAUAGAUUUGACAUCCUCCAUCUUCACUUACGUCUCACUGCGCCAGCUAAAUACACCCAAGUUGACGCUAUUCACACAGGGCUUGUCCUUUGCAUCAGUGUAAUGAAAAUCAUUUCAGAUCAAUCAAAUCUUCUGUUGUCAGAUAUGUGACGUUUCAUAUUCACACAUGAAAUUGAGUUCAUUUGUUUGUCCUCACCUCCUGUCUUUAGGCCAGUGAUAAGCGACAGAUAGUUGAUUUGACGGAACAGGAUGAGAGCUCCACCAACCUACCCUCAGCCACAGCCUCAGACUCCACCUGGCUGGACAACAAGCUGGAAGCGGUCAGUAACACUGCUGAAGAGCUUUAGUCACAAAACGUUAUUGUAUUCAGGGUUUACUGUGUUUUUUAUCUCAAAGUCAAGUGUCAAGUCCUAUUGACCUAUCGUGUGAACAAAGUUUAAUCCAACUGAAAGACUGGAUGUGAUACUUUGUACUCAGCUUCCCCCCAGUACUGAUGGGGGAAACAUUGAUGUUGCCCUUGACAAAUCCUUCUAUACCUGAUUCACAAAACAGCUGUGUUGCUGUUGGCACAUUCUUCCUGGGUGAUGGCGACAUCUUAAUGAACUUAAUCCGUUGUAGUGUGAAAAGAUCAGGCGCAGAUUGGGAGCAAGGCAGAUAAACAUUUAGGAGAUUGUAGAUAACACCAAACUGAUAUCAAAGGUUUGGCAUUCAUUGUGUUGUGGGUUUGUACAUUCUAGUUCACAGUUGGUAAGAUAACAUGAAACAGCCAUAGUUGGGUACCGUUCAGCCACUGUGCCAUCACCUGCUUUAUUAUUUGUGUGGUGAUGUGUUUGAUUCCAUUCAAGUCCCAUCAUGUUGAGUAUUGAAGGAUUUAGUAGGGUGUAAUUUGAUAUCUGAUGUAUUGUGAAAUAUAUGAUAACAGUUCUGGUGAAAGUCAGUGUUGACAGAUAUGCUGGCAAAACAAUGUACUGUUUUUCAGGUAGUCCUGAUAAAUGUAUCCACUGAUAUGCUUUGAGUAUGGGGGCACUAAACAGAACACCAAAUUGUCCUCAGACAAUACACACAUCUUGCUACUACCACUAUACUGUCCACAGGUUAUCAAUGAGGAGAUCCAGCAGUUUUCACAGACGAAGAAAAGCCUGAGGAAAAAUAUCAAACAGUUGCGUGACACAGUAAGCAGAGCUCUCAUCCUGUUUUUAAAAACGUUUCUUUAUGAAUCAUGCAUAAGUGUAAAAUUAGACACAAUAUAAUCAAAAUGCUAAUGGCUAAUGUGACCAUGUCGUCGGCCCCAGAUCCAGGCGAUGAUGCGUGAGAACGAGACGCUGCCUGACAUGGAGAAGCUGGAACAGCAGGAGUUCAACCUGGAUGUAGAUGAGCAAAAGAGACUGCAGGCUGAGGGGGAGCAGGAGGUCACCAGGGUAAAACACACACACACACUCACGCACACUCACACACACAUACACACACACACAGAGAGUGAGAUAGUAUUCUUAAUGACUCCCUUUCAGGUCCGAAAUGAGAUUGAGUUGGAGAACCUAGCCAAGUGCUACCUGCGUGAUGUCCUUAAGAGAGAAUGCUGGGAUUCCAUGAAGGUCAAAGGGCAAGCUAUCAAGGUAACUUGAGUCCACAACCAAAAUGGAGAUGGUUUUCAAAGGUGCAGCAACAGAUAUCUUUUGAGACUGUGUGUUUUGUUGGCUUUACCUUAGGCCUUCCACUCUGAACACGAGGUGAAGAACUACCCCAUGAAGGAGCGGACACAGCAGGAGCUGGAUGAACUUCAUCGAGUGGAGAGUGUGAGGAAGAUUGAACGGGCUGACAGUAAUGUGAGUUCGAAUGGGCUGUAUGUCCCUUUAGUCACAAUGCAAUUGCUAGAGAUUUUGCCAAUUUUGCACACCUUCAUUGGCAAUAGCCCCAAGCAAUAUGUUUAGUUUAUCACAUGCCACUCAUCCUCUGCCCAAACACCCUAGCUCCAGCAGGAGAUUCUAGAGAAGAAGAGCAAGACCACGACGGAAGAAGAGGAGGAGGAGGAAGGCCGUGAGAUGGAGAGUGCUUCCCUCACAGGUAGCCUCAGUGCCCAGUAUGGAGGCUCAAACCCCUACCUCUACAAUCAGUUCAACCUGCAUAUCAGAGAGCAGAAGAUCAACCAGAUCACUUUGCUACAGGUAAACAAACAGUUUGGCAAUAUGUACUAGGAUUUUAAUAACCAAUGUAUACAUAUUCAGCAUUUAAAGGGCAAUUCCACCACUUUUCAACCUCAUAUUCAUUAUCUCCAACACAUACCAGUGUCUACAUAUGUGAAAACUGCAUUUCUAUGCUCUGUGGUUGAAAAGAUAAGAAGAAAGGUUCUUAAAAAAUCCAGGGUAGGAUUAAAAGUAAAAAAAACUAUGAUUUUCAAGACCUGUAACAAGUUUAUUUUUGACAGAGGCAGGGUAUUUUCUUGCUCCCCAUGUCACCAUGAAUCUCAGUGUUUGAAAAUCAUACUUUUUUGAUGAUGUCAUCUUUUGAUGUCAUCAGGUAUAACUUUUUUACUUGAAAUAAUUUUACUACAAAACAUAGAAACACACCGUUUUCACAUAUGUAGACACUGGUAUUGUGCUGGAUAUAAUGAAUAUGAGGUUGAAAAGUGGUGGAAUUGCCCUUUAAUGAUACGUAUUAUUAUUUCGCAUUUAAUAACCAAAUUUAGUUUAGCUAAGUAUUUCACCAAAUUGUUUAUAACAGCCUCCUUCUCCAUUUGACCUCUCACCUUCACUCACACACUAGGAUGUGAUCUACAAAGUGAAGACAGCCUUUAACACAGACUUUAAGGGGGUGCACAAGCAGAAGGAGCAGGAGAUCAACCGAGUGAAAGAUAAGAAUCGACGCAUCAUGGAGAUCAUGUCAGAGCUGGACCUGAAGAGGAAGCUGUGGGAGCCCAGCCUGUCUGACAACGAGCAGCCAGAGAGGGCACUGUCUGUGGAGGACUCUGAGGUUACACUUGAAACUGUUUUUUUUGUUAUUAACCUACUUUAAUGGUUUGGAUUUCCAUCAAAACACAAGUUACUGCACAUCAAAUUAUGACUUAUGAAUCCGUCUCCAGAUUCAAUUUGAAAAGUACCUCACCCCAGAGCAGAGAAAAAAAGAGGAGGAGAAGAGGAAAGCGGAGGAACAAAGACGGCAGGCGGCCAAGGCACUGUAUCACUAGCUUCCUACCUUUCCCUCUCCCAAAUCAAUCUUUCCCAUCUCCCACUUAUUAAAUGUUUACUCUUAGGGAUCAUUCUAACAGCCGAUAAACCAUUACUAACCCAAGCAAGGUCUUACUCACUAACUGAUCAAUUGUGAAAACUGUGAGCUGUUUUCUUAAUAAAAAUACAGUGUGAAUUGAUGUUAUUCACUUGGGUCCCCAUUGAAACGGACAUUCUGGUUCUCCUUUUUUUCUUAGAGUGACAAUAUCAGAGAGAGAGCUCUGGAUGAAAUGAUGGGUGGAGUACUCGAGCUAAAAAAAGAGGACAUCUUGAGAAUGGUAUGGUGGUGGUCAAAAUGAACAAAUCUGAAAUAUAUAUAUGAAUUGAAUAUCCAAUAUUAAUUAACAUUUAAUACAUCUACAGUUAACAUGAUAAACAUUUAUUAAACGUGAUUGUCCUGAAGAAAGGUAUUUGAAUUACAGAUUGUAGAGAAUGUGUUUGAAUGUAUUUUCUGACCCUGUGCUUUUCUACAUGCAGGACGUGCCUCAGCCUGAGUUCAUUGUAUCCAAACCGGACAUUCAGUGGACAGAGGAAGAGAAAAAGAUCUAUAAAGAGUAUGAGAAGAAAGCCAAAGAACUGAGCGAGGAACAGGAGAAGUACAGAAAGGUGGGAUUUUUUUGUGAAAACGUCUGCUUUUCAAUGUUGUAUUCAAAAUAAAUAUACCAUCAUAAUAGGACCCUGACUUUAUAUACUACACAUGUUCAGUUGCCAUUCUUGUUCCAGACUCUGGAAGCUGAAAUGAAGAAACUACAGACGUCCAUCAUGGACACCACUCAGGGGUUUGAUGAAACCUUGACCAAGCUCUUUGAGAGGAAGGUGAAAUCUGAGAUGGUUAUAUACCAGGUAAGACAGCACAUACACACACACACAGAGAUCAAGUUGGAUUUAAUGAAACAAAUAUACAGUACAUUCCAUAUGCCAUUGUUGUUUUCUUGCUAUGUUGUUUUGUAGGAAGAGCUCAAGAUUACCAAUCUAGUUCACUCCAUUCUGAUAGAGGAGGAGGUUUGCAAUAGAGAGAGAGAGCUCAGCCUCAAGCUAGAAAAAAAAAGGGUCUACAAGGUGAGAUGUCAUUAUAUUCAUGCCAGUGGAGGCUGUUGGGAGGAGCUAUAGGAGGACGGGCUCAUUGUAAUGGCUGGAAUGGGAUCAAUGGAACGGAGUCAAACUUGUGGUUUCCAUAUGUUUGAUACCGUUCCAUUCAAGCCUUUACAAUGAGCCCACCCUCCUAUAGCUCCUCCCACCAGCCUCCUCUGAUUCAUGCUCUAUUUGCUAAGUAUCUUUCUCAUGGAGAAGGGAUUUACAAUGGUUGGGUUCACAGGAGGUUGGUGGCACCUUAAUUGGGGAGGACAGGCUUGUGGUAAUGGCUGGAGCGGAGUGAGUGGAAUGGUAUCCAACACAUGGUUUCCAUGUGUUGGAUGCCAUUCCAUUCGGACAAUUCCGGACAUUAUUAUGAGCCGUCCUCCCCUCAGCAGCCUCCUGUGGUUGGGUUAGAGAUAAUUUUGUGUUAGCUAUGCAUAUCUGUAUUAUAUAAAACCAUAUUAUUACACAUUCCAGUAAGAUAUUAUCCUGUUGCUCUGUCUUAGACUGAUGUGUUUUGCAAGCGCUAACAUGUGUGGCAUCUUAAUCGGUUUGCCUUCAAGACUGUUUUUGUGACUUCCUGUACUUUGCGUUCCCAUCUCUUAACAUCCCUUAUUCUCCUGACAGAAUGAGAUUGGAGAAGAGCUUAAGAAGCACAAAGAGGAUGUAGAAAUGUUCCGGGAGACCUACGACAAUGUUGUGGCCGAGGACAAAGUACGACUGGCAGUAGCACGUCUACUAUCUCAUGUCAGAUACUAUUCUACACUUGUUCUUGGGUACUAUCUGACAUAUUGUGUAUCCCUAGCUUCUUGACAGGGGAUUCAGGAAGGAGUUCUUUGAUGUCCCAGGCCAUGUUGUUGAUCAGCUGUACAAGCUAUACAAGCGCAGACCCAGGUACCGCAUAAAAAAGUGAAAGGAGUACAAUGUCAUAGUAUCUUCAAUACAUACUGUACAUACAGUUAAGUUGCCAUUCAGGUUUUUAGAAGAGGGUGCAACAUCCCAGUACACUCUUGCCCAGGGUCCAGAGGAUGAGGACCCAGGCAGACAACAGUACCAGCCCCUUUAAAGAGCAGCCCCUGCCGGGCCCAGUGGCAGCAGAGGGUCUCUGUCAGAUGAUGAAGGCCAUGGAGGAGCUGGACGCUCCAGAGAACAUGCCUGAAAGCCUAGACCCGUCUGUGUGGGAGAGGUUCUGCCUGGCCCGCAGAGCCAAAGUUGAGAGUGAGCAGCAGGUAAUGGAAAACCAGCCAGGGGACAAGUGAGGUAGUCUGAGGAAAUGUUAGUGGCAGUAUAUGCAUUUCCUCGUCAUUAAUGUUCUCCAACACCUUGAAACCUACAGUAUAUUUAAUAGAAUAUAUAAACCUACUUUACUUACUGGGUAAAGUGUUAUGUAACGCAGGAUACAUACAGAAUGUGGAACAGAGAAUGAGAGAUUGGAUCCAGUUAAUUAUCCCAUUUUGUGGAACAUAGUAGUUCUAGUUCAUUUCCCUUUCUUUGUUAUUUCAAAGUCAUCUUUUGUGUCGUGUCCUCUUCAGGUGAAAGUUAAGGCUUUGACUCUGGCUGAAAUGCAAGCUUUUCUGCAGAAGAGGACCGAUGAGGAUGAGAGUGCAAGACUGGAAAUGAAAAGUCUCAUGGAUGAUAUCAAUGGGUAAGAGUGUCAUACCGUGAGAGUACAUCAAUUAUAUUCUUAAAAGCACAGUACAUUUUCCACUAAACACAGAAAUGUUUCCGCCCCAUUAAUCUUUUGAACAUUUUAUACAGGUGUAGUCUCUUUUAACAGCUGUGUGUCUGAGCGCCAAUAAGCUUUGCACACGAGGCUAAUUCAGGAGUGAUUCAUUGACAGCUCAUGGUCUUUAAAUUCUUGAUGUCCCCAGGCUACGAGAGGAGAAGAUGCGUUUCUGCCUGGACAUAAUGGUUCAGAUCCUGAUCAAGCAGGGCCAGGUGGAGGUGGAGAAUGGAGACUUCAUUGCUGACUACUCUGACUCUCUGCUGCUCCAUAAGAGUGUGGUGGAGGACCUCAACGGGACCAUCAGGGUGAGACCCAUAGACAUUCGUUAUUCAUUUACCUGAGCAGAGUCCUGCUAACACUGUAGCAUAAGUUUAACAUUUGUAAAUGGGGAAAACAAGGCAAAAUGGGUCAUAAGGAACUCCUCCACCGAUGAGAUGCAUAGGUCCUAGGCUAUGUAUUGACCUGUGCUCCUCUGUCAGGCUCUGGGAGAGCAGAAGAUAGCCAGCAUGGUGGAGUGCAAGGACUUCCGUAAGGGCAUCAUCCAGCAGGAGUGGGAGCACAAGAGGAUGAGGAUGCAGAAGGAGGACCUGAACAACAAAGCCAGGGACAUCCAGAUGCUGCGCGUCUCUCAGGAGCUGCAGGAGGUACGCUAAGGCUUACCAUGGGAGAUGUCUCCCUGGAAAAAUAGUUUUAAUUGCAAAGGCAUCCAUGUGAUAGAAACCUGUGGUCUGGUUAGCUCAGCUGGUUUGAGCAAAAUGCUAGCAACACCAAAGUUGCAGGUACAGUACAUGUAUGAACCCUCUAUAGGCCACAAUACUUCUCAUUGGCUGUAAUGUAGGUUACUCUGGAAAAGUGUGUCUGCAGUGUAACAAAAUGUAAAAUACCUGCAUUGCCUCUUCCACAUGGCCAAAAACCAUUGACAUAUCAAAAAUACCCUGAACCACUACACCUGUUUUUGAUAUAAAAUGAUCAACCUGCUUUUUUGUUCUGACAUUUGACAGUGAGAGCUUUGUAUCCGUCGGGGGACGUAAACGUUAUCUAGAAUCAAAUCAAAAAUGUUUUUCCACACAAAUUUAGAGAUCAUUAUUUAACAAAGCUUUUUUGCCCCCCAGUAUCUCAGUGAGACGGAUCAUGACAACCGCAUGUCAAAGCAGGUUUCAACUCUGGAGAAAACAAUAACAUUACAGGAAAAGGUAAUGUGAACAGAGUUAAUAUAAUAUCAUAGAUUACAUAUUAAUUUCACUGAAUUGUCAACAAAUGUAUUAAAGUGCUAACAUAUCAGCUAUAAUGCUUUUGUGUAUUUCAAAGACUCACCAAAAGAAUGUGCUGAAAUGUAAGAAGUUGAUCAAGCAGCUGAACAGACAGGCAGCAAUGAAGGCAGCGAAGAAUACUGCUCUGGAUGAGCAGCUGACCAACAUGCAAGUGACUGUGGCUGAGAGGAGACACAUCUAUGAAGCCAUAGGUACUGUAAAUUUCACUGCAGUAGAUGUUUACAUAAUUUUAGGUACAUCAUUACUUCAGUUGUGAUGUUAUCAGUAGCUUUAGGUAUCACUGUGUACAUGUGGUGGAUAUUGUUCCAUUGCAUUGUUGUUUUUAACCCCUAACUGGCCCCUUGAUGCCUCAUUUCAUAUAACACUUCCACUGAAUCAUCUAAUGAACUGUGAUGCUAUUUGCUGCUCUGCUCAGCCAUGGAGGAGAACCAGGAGAGUGAGGCAGAGGAGAGGUACCAGGAGAUCAUCCAGAGGAAGAAGCUGGUGGAUCUAGCCAGGGCCCAGGCUGACGAGGUGGCUAUCCUCAGGGCAGAGGUGGAACGCAUGAGGAUGAAGUCCUUCCCCACUCUCGCUCAGCUAAAACACAAC